AUGGCUGAAAAUUCCAAGUUCAUCAAAGAGAUUGCAACAGCCGAUAUUGACAAGACAAAACUGCCACACAACGUUGGCAAAUACAACGGCUUAACAGAUCCUGAUGACCACCUCCAAGUCUUCAAUGGCGCAGGAGUAACAGGAGGCUGGAACUUACCAACUUGGUGUCAUCUUUUUGCACAAACCUUCGUCGGCGCAGCACGCGUCUGGUUUGAUAGCCUACCAGCAGGAAGAAUCAAGUCAUGGAUCGACUUUCGGGACAAGUUCCUCGCACAUUUCUCUCAACAGCGCAAGCACACUAGAGAUCCAGCUGAUUGUUUGAAUAUAUGGAGAAAAGAUCAUGAAAGCGUAGAAGAUUUCAUCACCAGAUACAACAAAGAAUGUCUGGAAAUCGGAGAUGUAGGCGAAAAGAUGAUGCGCGCGCACUUCAUGAGGGCUGUGAAGUGUGACGACCUGAUCAAACGAUUGAAAGGAAGGGACAGAGGCCCCAAAGAUUGGGAAACAUUCAUUGAGGCAGCAAAAACAAUUACGCGCACUGAAAAGCAAUUGACCGGCGAUGACUACCGUCAAUAUAACCACAAUGAUUGGCGCAACAAGAAAGACAAAGGCCAAUCAUGGAAAACCUCCGGUUACAGGGAAAGAAGCCCAGUAAGAGAAGACGCGCGCAACACGAUCAAUCAGAUCACUCAUCGCAAAGAGGUAAAGAGAGAAAAUAGAGAAAAACAAUGGACACCCCUAAGAAAGACACCUUCUGAAGUCCUGUCAACUGAAAAUCAACAGUUCAAACCACCUCUGCAAAUGCGCAACAAAAGAGGCCAAGACCCAAAUCUUUUCUGUGAAUUCCAUAAAGAUACUGGUCAUUUAACCGACGACUGCUUUAGCCUAAAGCAGGAGAAAGAAAGAGCCCUGAGAGAUGGAAGGAUCACUCAUCUGGUGAAAGGUGGGAAGCGCGAUAACUGUCAAAUUCACAGAAGAGAGGAAGGCCCAGACAACAAGAAGCUUCGAAAGUUAGAAACUCACAUGGUUCAAGGGGGACCACGGUGGCCUAGAAAGAAUUACAACAAGCGCACACAAGAUGAUUCAUGGCGCGAAAGACAAGUUGUCUUCCCCAUAGUAAGAGGAGGUCCAAGAGAAAGAAGACCCAUAGUCAUAUCUGGGGUAAUCGGUCAUUACCAAACCGACUACAUUUUCAUUGAUCCAGGGAGCACCGCGGAUAUCAUAUACGAAUAA